CGGGCAGCCGAGAUCAAGCAUGGGCGUGCUGCCAUGAUGGCUGCACUUGGGGCAGUGGUGCAACACUACGUGAAGUUCCCAGGCUUUGAGUCCGUGCCCAGUGGCUUGGCCGCUGCUGUCACACCACCCGGGAGCUAUGGCUUCAUUGCUUUGUUUGCGGUGUCUGGCGCGCUGGAGCUUGGCCUUUGGACCGAGAGCGACGACAAGGAGCCUGGAAACUUCGGUGACCCAGUGGGAUUCAACCAGUACACUCAAGAAAUGAGGGAGCGAGAGCUCAACAACGGCCGCUUUGCAAUGUUUGCAGCGCUCGGUAUCAUUUCUGCAGAGCUGUACACUGGCAAGGAUGCCAUUGAGCAGUUCGGGCUGUAGAUUUGCUUAGACUUUAGGACGACCGCCGCAAUGAGCCACCCGAAGUGACCUGAUUCCCUGAACUUCGUUAGAGCCA